AUCCGUGUACAUGCACACCCGGGACAGUAGGAGGCGCUGUACGACCUCCUGGUAAUCUCCUGUUAGGCGGAGAAGAAGAGAAAGAAGCUUUGUAUAAUCCCGCAGUAUUCUUCAGUUGACAGAAGACAUCUUUUAACCGUAGCAGAUAAACAUGUCGGGGCUCCUGAGGACCAUGGCCAGCCGUGCUGCUCCUGUGCUGCGGGGACACACAAUCACUCAGAGGGCAAAUCUCUACGCUGGCCCGGCCAAGGAAAAGAUCGGCACAGUUGAAACCAUCAUCGGGCUGAGCAUGUUCUCCCUGGCCAUUCUGGGACCAUCUGGGUGGAUCCUGGCCCACUUGGAGGACUACAAGAAGAAAGAAUAAUUUUAACAGUGUCACACCUCAUGCACCCAUGUCUCCUGUGUUCGUUGACAACCUGGGACCAUCAUCAUCAUCAUCAUCAUCAUGUUCUGCUGCAGAGAAGAAUAUGGAGCAAGUUUUACGUUCACUCUUCUACCUCUCCGACAGUUUCACUCCACAUCCCACAUAGAAACAACAUUUCCAAACAUAGACUCUUAAUGCAUUGACAUUUGCGUUGUAGAUCUUCUCUCUUAAACAGUAUGUUACAAGAUUAAAUUUUAAAUACAACUA